AUGCCGUCCGCUACCUCUUCGAGACACAUUAUUGUUGGUGUCGACUUCGGCACGACUUACUCCGGUGUUGCCUGGACCGUUGCCCAUCGUCCUGAGCGCCUUGCCACCAUAACUACUUGGCCUGACGCUGCUGGCCAUGACCUAGUCUCUGAUAAAGUUCCUACAAAACUCCGGUAUGAAGGGAACGGACCCGCCCAAUGGGGAUUUACAAUUCCCACCAGUGUUCCCCAGCACGAGGUUCUUGAAUGGUUUAAGUUGGAUCUUGACCCGACACUCCCCACCAUCGGCCAGCCCAUUGGAGACGAAAUUACUGGUGGUCGCUCCGCCGACACUCUAGUCGCCGAGUAUCUCGCCUCUCUUCGCGACCACCUCGCGGCUACUCUGCAGGCUAAGUUUGGGGCCAACAUCGUUCGGACAGCAUCCUUCUCCUUUGUUAUAACCGUCCCCGCCAUCUGGAGCGAAACUGCCAAGGAUAGAAUCACCCACGCUUUCCGGACUGUGCUGUCCGUAGACCCUUGGCCUCGCAAUCCGGCCAUCAACAUCAUUUCCGAACCCGAAGCUGCCGCUGUAUCAGCCCUUACCUCCAUCUCAAAGACUCACGCCCCUCGGCCGGAUGACACCUUUGUUGUCGUGGACGCUGGAGGCGGCACCGUUGAUGCCAUCAGCUAUUCCAUCUCAAAGCUUGGGCCCCUAGAGCUUCGCGAAGCAGCUCCUGGUUGUGGCUCGAUAUGUGGGUCGGCGUUCCUCAACAUGCGUUUCGGCAAGUACAUCAAGCUCAAGUUCGGACAAGAGCUCGGCUUCACCGACGAAGUUUAUGCCGAAGCUAUGGACUUCUUCGAAAAAGUGGCCAAGCGCACCCUCGUCAUCAACACACCGCCUUCCACCACGUUUGCCGUUCCCAUGAGACUCCCUGACAACCCACAACUCGGCGUAGCGGGUGGCGUGUAUCCCCUAACGGUCUCGGAGCUCAAGACCCUUUUCGAGCCCGUCAUUCUCGAGACGAUUAAGCUCGUCAAAGAGCAGGUUGCCAACACGCCUGGCAACAUUCGUGCCGUGCUUCUUGUGGGUGGGUUUUCCGCCUCCACGUACCUUCUUGAGAGGGUAAAAAUAGCGCUGGGAGAUCACAUGGAGGUGCUUAGGCCGAACGACGGGUGGGCCGCCGUCGUCAAGGGCGCUGUGAUGAGGGGGCUAGAGCACGCCGUAAAGGAAGAUGUUUCCGAGGCACGACUAUCGGAUGGGCACGCCCCGGCCGUUGCCACCGGCCUCGUAAACGCCUGCGCAGAGGAUGAAAUCGAUGUCGGAAAUGGGGCCAAGGUCAGUUAUGGUGUUGAAAGUGAGGUGGCCUUCAACGAGGACAUCCACGGCUCAGUAAGGGAGAGACGCUAUUGGUCUGGCCGAGAGGGCCGGUACAAGAUCCGUGUAAUGAACUGGUUCAUUCGCCGUACUAUACCAUUCGCCGCCACUCCGCCCCACUCCUUUGUCCGCGCCCCGGUCCUCUCCGCCAUCAUCUACCGCAAUCUACGGGCCGCCCCUCUUGUUCGCGACGCCGCUACCCGCCCCAUCUGCAAACUCGUGGCCGAUCUUGGCACGCUUCCCAGAUCAGAACUUCCCCGCAAGACUAUGGGCUUUGACGGCAAGUGGUACUGGGGCUUCAUCUUUGGAGUCGAAGCCGCGUGCGCCGAGAGCACAACUGCUUUCUCAAUCGUGUAUAAAGGUAUGAAUUUAGACCCUAAGAUGAUUCUUAUCCCUUCAUCCCUCCCUUCCCUCCUUACCCCACAUCUGGGAAGGACGUGA